AUGCCGCUACUAUCUUGGCCUCGAUCACAUCUUCUAGAGAUUGGCGAUCAAACCUGGUGCCCCUCAUGGCUUCACCGGCACGAGCAACUGGUUCUCACCCAACUGUGGAAUCUUGAAGCUCCCGGGUGGAGCCGUGGAAGUCUCGCCAAACAGGCAUGUGCAGUGUUCAAAGAGCACCUGAAAGAUAUUUCCUCGUACACAGUUUUGGAUAUCUGUGCCGGUGCCGGUGGGCCUACCCCAGUCCUCGAAUCAGAGCUCAAUAAAGAACUCGAGUCCGAGGGGAAGGGCCCUGUUCAGUUUGUUUUGAGCGAUCUUUACCCCCAUAUUGAAGAGUGGGAGCGAAUCUCGAAGAAGCAGCAGAACGUCACGUAUAUCGAGAGCCCGGUGGAUGCUCGAGCUGUUCCUCGAUAUGCAGCAAGUUCGAAAAAAGAGUGUCGGAUCUUCAACAUCUGUUUCCACCACUUUGGAGAUGAAGAUGCGGCGGGUAUUCUAAAGAGUGCAAUUGAGACCGCUGACUCGUUUAUCAUAUUCGAAAUCACAUCACGCGAUCUUUGGACUUGUCUAUGCUCGCCUUUGGUCUUCUUCUGGACUUUCUUUGUAACUCUUGUUUGGUACUGGGAUUCGCCGAUCCAUCUCUUUUUCACAUUCAUUCUGCCCGUGGCGCCUCUGACUAUUUUCAUUGAUGGACUUAUAUCCUGUCUCCGAACCCGCACUGCAAAGGAAACCUGGCAGCUGCUGGAUCAACCAAAUCUUGACCUCACCAACUGGACCUUCCACAGUGGGAAAAAAACGGUUCAAUUUCCUUUCACCACUUUGUAUUAUCAUGUUGGCAUCAAAUCAUAA